UACAAAUAUAUUUACAUGAACAAUUUAGAAUAUUCUCUUAUAUUCUUUUCAAUUAAAUCAAAACAGCAACUUGUUUGUCUUCUUUCCCAACUUCUGAAUUAUAUCCCCUUCACCCUUCUUCUUCCUUUUCGCCUCAAACCAAAUCAGAGAACGCGAUAUUCAAAUCAUCGCAAAUCAUUUUGCAGGUGUGCUGUUCAUUAUAUGUUCUGAUACUGGGACAUUUGAAAGGUUAACCGGGUGCUUCUUUUUUUUCUUGAUUAUUCUACAAUUUUUUUUACGAAGUUCAUAUUAUUCGGUAUCAUAACAAAAUUCAGGGAAUGCUGAAAGAUGUGUUUGCUAGAUAAAUCUUUUGCGGAGACCAAUAAGGCUUUAUCUCCAUCCAAGCUAUCCUCUUUUAUCCUCGACCAGAUCGGAUGUUUAGUCCAAUAUCCAUAUCUUUUAUGUGUUCAAGUGACCGAGGUGGCUACCAUUAUCAGCCAUUGUAAGAUUUCAAUACAUGAUCUUUGUGAAGAUGGUUGAGUUUUUUAAUUUCUUCAGAAGCAGCUUCUUGCUUUGAGGAACAGAACCACUAUACUUCGCGCAAUUGGUUUAUGCAAAACAGUGUUGCUAGAAAUGGAACAAAAAGGAAGUGUGCUUAUGCAACGAUAUGAAAUAGGGAAAUUAUUAGGCCAAGGAACCUUUGCAAAAGUCUAUCAUGCAAGGAACCUCAAAAACGGAACUAGCGUGGCCAUCAAAGUUAUUGAUAAAGUGAAGGUUUUGAAGGUUGGGAUGAUUGAUCAGAUUAAGUGUGAAAUUUCAGUGAUGAGACUAGUCAGGCAUCCGCAUGUUGUUGAGCUUUAUGAGGUAAUGGCAAGCAAAACCAAAAUUUACUUUGUCAUGGAGUAUGUAAAAGGUGGCGAACUCUUCGACAAAGUAUCGAAAGGAAAGCUCAAGCAUGAUGAUGCUAGGAGAUACUUUCAGCAAUUGGUCAGUGCUGUUGAUUACUGUCAUAGCCGAGGUGUGUGUCAUCGUGAUCUAAAACCAGAAAACCUUCUGUUGGAUGAGAAUGGAAAUUUGAAGGUCUCUGAUUUCGGGUUAAGUGCACUUGCUCAAUCUAAGCACCAAGAUGGAUUACUUCAUACUACAUGUGGCACCCCUGCUUACGUUGCUCCGGAAGUGAUAAACCGAAAGGGAUACGAUGGGAUUAAAGCUGAUAUAUGGUCAUGCGGGGUGAUCUUGUAUGUUCUAUUGGCUGGUUUUCUUCCAUUUAGAGAUUCAAAUCUUAUGGAGAUGUAUAGGAAAAUCGGUAAGGCAGAAUUCAAGUUUCCUAACUGGUUUGCAUCAGAUGUACGCAGAUUGUUGUCGAAAAUAUUGGAUCCAAACCCAAAGACGAGGAUAUCAUUGGCCAAAAUUAUGGAAAGUUCUUGGUUCAAAAAGGGGUUAGAGAAGCAUAUUGAUACUAACAAAGAAUACAAAGAACUACCUCCUCUAGAUGCAGAUGGAGUAUUCGGAGCUUGUGAGAAUGGAGAUCAUAUCGAGCUGUCGAAACCUUGUAAUAAUCUGAAUGCUUUCGAUAUCAUCUCCUUUUCAUCCGGCUUUGAUUUGUCUGGUUUGUUUGAGGAGAAAGAUCGAAAGACAGAAGUGCGGUUUACGUCUAACAAGCCUGCUUCAAUCAUCAUCUCCAAGUUUGAAGAAAUUUGCCAGAGUCUCGGGCUAAAAGUGAAGAAAAAAGGUGGAGGUUUGUUCAAGUUUGAAGGUUCAAAAGAAGGAAGGAAAGGACAUUUGGGUUUUGAUGCAGAGAUUUUCGAGAUCACCCCGGUUUUCCAUCUAGUCGAGAUGAAAAAGUCCGACGGUGACACAUUGGAGUACCAAAAGCUUUUGAAAGAGAAUGUUAGGCCUGCACUUAAGGACAUUGUUUGGACAUGGCAAGGAGAACAACCACAGCAAUUGCAAAAUGGAGUAUUGCAGAAAGAGGAACCGCCUUCCCAUUCGGGUGUAUCAGAGGUUGUUUUACACUCAUCUUCGUAAUUUAUAGGAUGUCCCUAAAUUGGUUUUUGUAUGCUUUAUGCUUCUUGAUUAUGUUCUUGGUCUCAAGUGCACACUGUUUUAUCUACAGUUGUCAUAUGAUAAUUGUGGUUUAAGUAUGUGUGUAUUGCUCAACUUGUGUAACUAGUUGCCUAUUUGACCAUUUGGGUCUUAUGUUCUCUCUUUAUUGACUAGUGUUUUUCUUGAUAAAAAUAAAAGAAUUAUGUAAAAGAAACUCAGUUUUUUAUUAGGAGAAUGGAUAAGAUUGUAAAUAAAAUAGUUUAAGUGAAGGGUAAAAUUAGGUUA